GAUGGCGAAGUAAGCAGCCGCUUCCGGUUCCGGGGAUAUAACAGAGGGAGCGCGGGGUGGGGCCAAGCAUUUGCGGGUGAGGCAGCAUUCGGGUGGUGUUGUGGUGCAGGCUCAGUCAUGGCAGAUGAGGAAAUUGCUGCCCUGGUGGUGGACAAUGGCUCCGGUAUGUGCAAGGCAGGCUUUGCAGGGGAUGAUGCCCCCCGGGCUGUGUUCCCUUCCAUUGUGGGACGUCCCCGGCAUCAAGGUGUCAUGGUGGGUAUGGGGCAGAAGGACAGCUAUGUGGGAGAUGAAGCCCAGAGCAAGAGGGGCAUCCUCACCCUGAAGUACCCUAUUGAGCAUGGCAUUGUUACCAACUGGGAUGACAUGGAGAAGAUCUGGCAUCACACCUUCUACAAUGAGUUGCGUGUUGCUCCAGAGGAGCACCCUGUCCUGCUCACUGAGGCCCCGCUGAACCCUAAAGCCAACCGGGAGAAGAUGACCCAGAUCAUGUUCGAGACCUUCAACACUCCAGCUAUGUAUGUGGCCAUCCAGGCUGUGCUGUCUCUUUACGCUUCUGGUCGCACCACCGGCAUUGUCAUGGACUCUGGGGAUGGUGUCACCCACACAGUGCCCAUCUACGAGGGCUACGCUCUGCCCCAUGCCAUCCUGCGUCUGGACUUGGCUGGCCGUGACCUGACUGACUACCUCAUGAAGAUCCUGACAGAGCGAGGUUAUAGCUUCACCACCACGGCUGAGAGGGAGAUCGUCCGUGAUAUCAAGGAGAAGCUGUGCUACGUUGCUCUAGACUUUGAGCAGGAGAUGGCAACAGCUGCCUCAUCCUCCUCCCUGGAGAAAAGCUAUGAGCUGCCGGAUGGGCAGGUGAUCACCAUUGGGAAUGAGCGCUUCCGAUGCCCUGAAGCCAUCUUCCAACCUUCUUUCCUGGGCAUGGAGUCCUGCGGCAUCCAUGAGACCACCUUCAACUCCAUCAUGAAGUGUGAUGUGGACAUCAGGAAGGACCUGUAUGCCAACACCGUGCUGUCUGGGGGUACCACCAUGUACCCUGGCAUUGCUGACAGGAUGCAGAAGGAGAUCACAGCUCUAGCACCCAGCACCAUGAAGAUCAAGAUCAUUGCCCCACCGGAGCGCAAAUAUUCUGUCUGGAUCGGUGGCUCCAUCCUGGCCUCCCUCUCUACCUUCCAGCAAAUGUGGAUCAGCAAGCAGGAGUAUGAUGAGUCUGGCCCCUCCAUCGUCCAUCGCAAGUGCUUCUAGAGGGGCUGCUGGCAGUCACCUGGGGUGUCCCCACAGUGGGGCAGGCAUGGGAGGAGGUGUUGCAGGCUUGUCCUUGGGAGCUCUCCCUUCAGCUUGGACCAGUAUUGUUUGACUGUUACUUAUUUUACGUUCUAAUUUGUGGGGGUACUGAGUAGUAGCAUACGGUGUGCAUUUUAAUGGCCUUGCUCCAGUUUGGACCAGUUCAUGACUAGCUUUUUAGUGGAGAGAAAUGGCAGCCUGUCGGCUGUGGUUCUGGGGCAGAAAGUAGAUGAGUUGUUCACAUUUCCUAUGUAAUGCUAACAGGAUGACACUAAAGUAGGUUUGUCACCUUUAGGUUUGUCACAUCUGACUCGUUUGUAGGAGAACAAAUAAACUUAGGCUUAAAAGUGUAA